GUGAACUUUGACACACACACAGCCCGGGUACCAGCCAGCGCUGCCAGGUACCACGAUUGCGACGAGUAGCCACCUCCGGGCCCACGAAAUUUGCGACUUCACUGUCAUUUCUAACUACACACUCAUUCAAGAUGCCACCCAAAGGCAAGGGCGAGCAGCCCAAGGUGAAGAAGGUGGCUGUGGACAAAACCUUCGGCAUGAAAAAUAAAAAGGGAGGAGCAGCACAGAAGCAAAUCGCCCAGAUCAAAGCCACCGCCGCAGCUGGCGGCUCACCCGACGACAAGCGGAAGGCAGCCGAGAAAUUACAGAAGGAAAAGGAAAAGGCGGCCGCAGAGCAGGCUCGCAGGGAAACCGCCGAGCUGUUCAAGCCCGUCCAAGUCCAGAAAGUCCCCUUUGGCGUCGACCCAAAGACUAUACUGUGUCAGUUCUUCAAAAAGGGGAAUUGCGAAAAGGGUAAAAAGUGCAAGUUCAGCCAUGACCUGGCUAUCGAGCGAAAGACGGAGAAGAGGAGUUUGUACACGGACUCGAGAGACCAGGAGAAGGAGGAAGAGGAGGACCGGAAGAAGAAGGACAACAUAGACGACUGGGACGAGGAGAAGCUACGGCAGGUUGUCAUGAGCAAGCACGGCAACCCCAAAACAACCACGGAUAAAGUGUGCAAGUACUUCAUCCAGGCCAUUGAGGACCAGAAGUAUGGAUGGUUUUGGACGUGUCCGAAUGGAGGCGACAAGUGCUUUUACAAGCACUCUCUACCACCUGGAUUCGUAAUCAAGACCAAAGAACAGCGCGCCGCCGACAAAGCCCUCAUGGCCAACUCGCCCCUCGCGACUCUUACCCUCGAAGACUUUCUCGAAUCCGAGCGCCACAAACUCACCGGCACACUUACGCCCGUCACUGAAGAAACUUUUGCAAAGUGGAAGAAAGAGCGCCUGGACAAGAAACAAGCCGAGGACGAGGCGAAGAGGAUGCGGGAAGCGACGGGCAGAGCCAUGUUCGAGAAGGGCGAUUGGCAAGUGGAUAGCGAUGCUGAUAGUGAUGACGAGGACGACGAAGGCACGUGGAACUUGGCGGCGAUGAGGAGGGAGACGGAGGCAGCGAGAGUGAGGAAGGAAGAGGAGCGGCUGGCAACACAGAUGGGGAACGUUACCGUGUCUUGAACACACCUCACUUCGAUUGACUUCGACUUGGUGGGAGCAGAAGACCUGGAAAGGAGCAUGCCGGGCGCGCCACACAAUGCUGCAAAAGCUUGCGGGGCACUACCUGAGCCGUGCAAGAGAUCACAUAUGGUGGAAGUACCAGAUUGAGCACAUCAUGGACGGAGCAGCUGCUUGCUUGAAUUUUAGCGUUACGCGACUGCAUGACUCUCUAUCGAGCCCUAUGGCUCUAGGUGUCUGGCGUAGUGAUUCUUGGCUCGGAUAUUACUGUGUAUGCUAUAUAUAUGGACUAUAUGACAUGAAUUACGUGGACACGGCUGCUCAAUGUCAUACUUCUCACAUCUUGCAGCAGUUUAGUUAUAGACGUAGUGCAAAGAUUGCGAACG